ACCAGCCGUCUGCCAAGGCAACACUGGCACACACAAUCCCAGUGCCAGUGUGCUCAAGGACACGGCACUAUUGUGACAGCCAGCAAGGUGGCAGAUGUCUCUCCAUCCUCCUUUGCUUGGCCAGGACAAUCCUAUCACGCUGAGAAAAGUCAAGAGUUUUGAAUAAACAUCACGUUGUCCAUAGUCUUAGACACUGUUGAAUAAUAAAGUUCAGCGUGGCCCCGCCCCCUCGAUUCCUGUCGUGAAAAAGGGUCAGCGAUGGAAAUGAGGGCUGUAAACUCCCCCUAACUCCAUCUUUCUUGACUGAAGGGCUGGUCCUAGAUCAAGCAUGAGGCUUCGUUUCCCUCAAAACGGAUGGAUUAUUCGAGGUUCAUAUCAAAGAUGUCUUUAAACCGAAAGCCGUCAGGAAUCAGCGAAAUGCGGAAGUACCUAGCCGAGCCAUCUCCGUCGUUGGUGUGGCUAGCUUCGGGAAUGCCCAACCCCCAGCUGUUUCCCUUCCGCGACGCCACCUUCAGCCUGAGCGACGGGUCCGUCCUCGAAAUCGGGCAGGACCUGAUGGCGACCGGGCUGCAGUACGGACCGACGCCAGGGUUCAUCCCCCUGGUCCAGCAGCUGAAGGACAUGACGCUCCGGAACCACAAUCCUCCGCGUUGGGGUGAGAGCGACCUCCUGGUGACCGUCGGGUGUCAGGACGGACUGGCGAAGGCGCUGGAGUUGCUGCUCGACGUCGGGGACUGCGUGGUGGUGCAGGAGCCGUGUUAUUCGGAUGUUCUGUGCAUUCUCGCCCCUCUGACGCCGAAGUUCGUCGUUGUCGCCGCGGACGAGAAAGGAAUGUGUCCGUUGUCGCUGAGGAAGGGACUCGAACGGGCAACGCAGGAUGGGGGACCCGCGCCCAAGGUCAUGUACUUGGUGCCCAACGCAUGCAACCCCACGGGAACCACCAUGGACGAGGCGCGGAGAAGGGAGAUCUACAGCCUCGCCUCGGAGUACGACCUCAUCAUCCUCGAGGACGACCCUUACUACUUCUUGCAGUAUGACGACCAGGAACCACUGCCCCCGAGUUUCCUGCGGCUGGACACGGACGGGCGUGUCCUGAGGUUCGACUCCUUCUCCAAGAUCUUCAGCGCUGGGUUAAGGGUCGGGUUCGUGACAGGGCCGGCGCCGUUGCUCGAAAGGAUGACGUGGCAUAUGCAGGCCAGUGUGCUGUGUCCGCCAGGUAUCACUCAGGUAAUGGUGAGUGAACUGCUUCGGAAAUGGGGCGACGACGGAUUCAAGAAACACAUAGCUAAGCUUAGGGAAUUUUACCGAGCUCAAAGAGACACCAUGUUACAGGCAGCGGAAAAGCAUCUCACAGGACUGUGUGAAUGGACGGUGCCGAAGGGAGGAAUUUUUAUAUGGUUUAAGGUGCCCGGCCUCCGCGACACGACGCCCAUGCUGCUGGAGAGGGCGAUCACGAGGGACGUGGUGCUCGUCCCAGGGAGAGACUUCAUGGUCGAGGAGAAGAAACCUUGUCAGUACAUGCGGGCAGCCUAUUCGUGCGCCACGCCGGAGCAGAUGAAGGAGGGGAUGAAGAACUUGGCUCAACUGGUACGAGAUGAAUUAGCACUACGGAAGGAGUCUUGAACGCGAGGAAUAUUGUUUCUAUUUCCAUUCCGGUGUUGUAUUUCUACUGAAUAUCGAAUAAAAAGAUACUUCA